AUGUCUGCGCUUCCUGUUUGUUAUCUCACUCAAUUUAAUAAACCGAGCUCUUCAGGCAUGUACAUUUAUGCACACCACAAACCUGAUGAUCUCACUCGGCCUGUGUCUAUCUACCUGCAGAUCAACGGGUCUCUGGCUCGCAGGGCUAUCAAGGACCUGAUGGAGAGGGGGCUCAUCAGGAUGGUCUCAAUCCACUCCAGCCAGCAGAUCUUCACCAGGGCGACAAACACCUGA